ACCCCGACGGCUCUAGAAAGGCGGCGGCCGCCCCACCGCCCCCGUGUGCCGGUGCCGCCAUGGCCCCGCCGCCCGCGCUGCGGCUGUGCGCUGCGUCGCUCGUGGUGCCGCUGCUGCUCCUCGCGGCCGCCGCGCAACAACGGGAGGCGGCGGGAGAAUGUCAGCAAUAUACAAACAGAAGCUGCGAGGAGUGCCUGAAGAAUGUCACUUGCCUGUGGUGUGCCAGCAGCAGGAGGUGCGUGCCGUACCCUGUCCGGAGGAUCCUCCCAUCUGCUGAUCUCUGCGAGCUCCGCUCCGCACGCUGGGGUGUCUGCUGGGUGAAUUUUGAAGCCCUGAUCAUUGCCAUGUCUGUAGUGGGUGGAACGAUCCUCAUCAUGCUGCUUGUUUGCUGCUGCUGCUGUUGUAAGAAAAAGAGCAAAAAGCCAGACAAGGAGGAUGAACGAGCUGCUCGGGAGCGGGAGCGCAGGCGAGUGCGCCAGGAGGAGAGGAGAGCAGAGAUGAAGUCACGGCAUGAUGAAAUCCGAAGAAAAUACGGCCUGUUCAAGGAGGAGAACCCUUAUGCAAAAUUUGAGAACUAGCCUCUCUGGAUCUGUCCCACCUGGUGAACGGCAUCCUCCUUGCAGACCCACCUCACUUUGGGUCACUUUCCAGGAGACCCCUAUGGUGCAACGUGCUGCCACAAGCCCUGCUCAGUGACUCCCCCAUUCCCCACUACAGUUCUCAGCUUGCCCUGGGCUUCUGCUGCAGAGGCUGUGCUGAGGCAGCCGGCCAUCAGCUGCAGUGCCUGGCCAGGCUGAAACCUCAUUCUGUGCCUGGAAACUUGGUGGCCAUAGCACUGGGCUUCACACUCCUCCUUAACCCAGCUGGGGGUGGCAGCCCAGCACAAUGCAACACGGUGCCUGGCUGAGGUCCUGAGUGGCCCAGCGUGUCUUCCUUCUCAUGCAAAGCUGGGUAUGGGCAGUGUGAGGCGCUCACCUUCCUCUGUGUGGAAGUGACUCAGGGGGUGGCCUGGCUGUCUCCAGCUGCAUGCAUGUGCCCACACACCGGCACCCUGUCACGGUGCUGGUUUCCAGCUGCCUUGGGCCCCUGGGGGCAGGCCUACAUGCACGCUUCACUUGCAACUAAUCCAGGGUCCUUCCACUGCCCCUCUACCUCUGUGCCUUUCUUGAUCAUCUCCUGGGCUCAGUGCCUGUUACUGAUAGCAAUACGGUAGGGUUCUGCUGCAUAUGCAAUAUGGUAAAGAUGUAUUAAAUUGAUUUGAUUACUA